ACGCUCCGUCGCUGGUUUUUUUUUGGUCUCUCUCUCCUCGCUGUUCCGUCACCAACGAAACAGAAAGGGAAAGAGCACAGUUUCUCUCUCCUCCCCUCCCCUCCCCCUUCCUUCCACUUUCUCUCUCCUCCGCUCCUCCGCGUUCCGAUCGCGCGACGAGACCUCGAUCGUGCUCCCCUCGGGCCGCGUCCGGAGGAGCUUCUCCCGUCUCGGAUCUCUCCGUCCUCCCUCGGGCGAGCUCGUUCCGACCGACGCGAUGAACGACCUUCUCUCGGAUUCCUUUGAGAUCCCUCGGGGUCAAGCUUCUGGACACGGCGACAUUGAGUUGGGUGCAAAUGCUCCAAUGCACUCAGGGGAGCUUGGCUUGGAGAAUUUCUUUAAGAAGGUCCAAGAUAUCGAAAAGCAAAUUGACAAGUUGAAUAAAUUGCUAAAGAAACUCCAGGAUGCGCACGAGGAAUCAAAAGCUGUAACUAAAGCUGCUUCCAUGAAAGUGAUCAAGCAGCGGAUGGAGAAAGAAGUUGAUGAGGUUGGAAAGGUUGCUCGCUUAAUAAAAUCAAAGAUUGAAGAACUCGACCGAGAAAAUCUGGCAAAUAGGCAGAAACCUGGUUGCGGAAAAGGUACAGGUGUUGACCGGUCAAGAACGCAAACAACUGUCGCCAUGAAGAAAAAGUUCAAAGACAAGAUGGCUGAAUUUCAGGUCCUCAGGGAAAAUAUACAUCAAGAGAAUCGGGAGGUUGUCGAGAGGCGUGUUUUUACUGUAACGGGCACUAGAGCCGAUGAAGAGACAAUUGACAGAUUGAUUGAGACUGGAGAUAGUGAACAAAUCUUCCAAAAGGCCAUUCAAGAGCAGGGGCGGGGCCAGAUUAUGGAUACUGUUGCUGAAAUUCAAGAGCGCCAUGAUGCGGUCAGAGAUCUAGAACGCAAGCUUUUGGAUUUGCAGCAGAUAUUCAUGGAUAUGGCUGUGUUGGUGGAUGCCCAGGGAGACAUGCUUGACAAUAUAGAAUCACAGGUCUCAAGUGCGGUGGAUCACGUUCAGAGUGGCAACACUGCACUCCAGAGGGCAAAGAGCCUGCAGAAGAGCUCUAGGAAAUGGAUGUGCAUCGCGAUCCUAAUCCUACUCAUCAUCGUGGUGAUCAUUGUCGUUGCGGUGAUCAAACCCUGGAGUAGCAACAAGGGUGCUUAAGGACCUCACGUGUUGUUUGCUGUAUAAAUAGAAGAGCAAUGUCGUGAACUGUUUAAAAAGUAUCUCGGAUAUUUCCUGUUGAUAAUUGGUGGUCGGCGUGUUUUUGAUCCUCAUGCGUUCUUUGACGUGGCAAUCGAGUGUGUACCGUUUCAUUUUACUGCGGAUAUCCUCCCGGUCUUGUACCUGAUUCAAAAUUCUUUGGCUACAACUUCAUCUAUUAAUUCUUUGCUUUGGUGAA